CGACUGUCCAGCGUUCCUGUCCAUGAGCAUCGAGGAGCGGAUACAAAAGGCUAGUUCACUGAAGCUCUGUCUGAACUGUCUGCGGAGCGGCCAUAUUGCAGGCGCUUGCAGCACUGGAGAGUCUGCACACCAAACUGAGCAGGUUCUGGGAGCUAGAGGAGCUUCCGACGUCGCAGAAGGCUUCGGAGGCGGGAGUCGAUGCAGGGAACCCAUGCGAGACACAUUUCAUGACACACACCACCCGUUUAGAAGAUGUCGAGCUUCACGCCUUCAGUGACGCUUCCCAGGCUGCCUACGGUGCUUGCAUCUACGUCAAGUCUGUCGAUCAAGCAGGAAACACGAGCAUUCUUCUCUACUGUGCUAAGGCACGCGUAGCACCGUCUAAGGCGGCUCUCACCAUCCCGCGCCUGGAGCUGUGCGGCGCGCUACUCGCGGCCCGCCUGCUGUGCGCUGUAAAGAGCGCCCUCCGCCGACAGAUAAGCAAGUCUUACCUGUGGACGGACUCCAGCGUCGUGCUAGGGUGGAUCGCCACCGAACCCUCGAGACUUAAAGUCUGGGUUUCCAAUAGGGUUAGGCAGGUUCAAGAAAUGACAAGUACUUCAUCGUGGCGGUACGUCCCUACCGCUCACAACCCAGCCGAUCUAGCAUCCCGCGGCGUAGACCCACAUCAAGUUCAAGACUCCACCUUAUGGUGGCAAGGUCCAUCAUUUUUGUCUAGGCCUGAAUCCGAGUGGCCUACUCUCUAUUCUCACAAGUGUGACAACCUUCCAGAGUUAAAGGUACACACUACUCUAGUUACGGACUCUAUCAAGGCUAGUAUCGAUAUAUCUAGGUAUUCAAAAUUGCAAUUCUUACAACGAGUCAUUGCUUACAUUUAUCGAUUCAUACAUAAUUGCAAGAACCCCCAUGAUAAGCACACUGGCUCGCUAACUGUCGAUGAGUUAGAGGGUGCAUUCACAUGUCUAGUUAGAAUGUCACAACAAGACUCUUUCCCUCACGAAUUACAGACUUUACAAAGACAAGACAAUCUCAAGCUCAAGUCUAGUAUCGUAUCAUUAAACCCAUUUCUAGAUUCCCAGGGCUUGCUCAGAGUUGGUGGAAGACUGUGCAAUUCACAGUACGAGUACGAGAAGAAGCACCCAGUUUUAUUGCACGCGAAACACCACCUCACUAAGCUCUUAUUUACACAAGAACACCACAGGCUGCUGCACGCGGGACCACAAUUGUUGCUCGCGUCCAUACGAGAACGCAUCUGGCCGCUAGGUGGUAGAGAGUUGGCUCGUCGUACAGCGAGAAGCUGUAUCAAGUGUCGGCGUAUCAGCGCUCAACCUCUACACAACAUUAUGGGUAACUUACCGGCGCAGCGAAUCACACCUGACUACCCUUUUAGUACAGUCGCCGUUGAUUUCGCGGGUCCUUUUAUGAUUACAGACAGGAAGGGUCGAGGCUGUAAGAUAACAAAGGCAUAUCUAUGCCUAUUUAUAUGUUUCAGGUCCAAGUGUGUCCAUCUCGAGGCGGUGAGUGAAUUGUCGAGAGACGCAUUCAUGUUAACACUGCGUAGGUUUAUCGCUCGCAGGGGUAAGCCGAAUGACAUUUUUUGUGAUAAUGGGAGGAAUUUUGUUGCUACUGCUAGGGAGCUAGGUACGUUUUUAUCUAACAAUUCUGACCUCAUUGCGCAUGACGCCAGCACUCAUAACAUAAAUUUUCACUUCUCCCCUGCUUACGCACCUAAUUUUAAUGGACUUGCAGAGGCCGGAAUAAAAUCUGCUAAAUUCCAUUUAAAACGCAUACUAGGCAAUUCUCAUCUAACGUUUGAAGAGAUGUCUACUCUUUUUGCACAAGUCGAGUCAAUCCUUAAUAGCAGACCCCUGUGUCCCUUGUCAUCAUCCCCUAACGACUAUACCCCCCUUACUCCGGGACACUUUCUGAUAGGCAGACCACUAAUGUCACUGCUAUCGCCUUCUCUAGAAGACGAAAAUGCAUCCCGCCUGAACCGCUACCAGCGCAUCGAGCAAGCUAGAGAACAUUUUUGGCGCCGGUGGCAAUCCGAAUAUAUCUCCGAGCUGCAACAAAGGCUUAAAUGGCGUAUUCGUUGCAGAGAUCUGAGACCUGGUGACUUGGUGCUCAUCAAAGAAGACAACACGUCACCACUCCAGUGGCGCUUGGGUCGUGUACAACAACUCUUCCCGGGCGCAGACGGCAUUCCGCGCGUCGCUGACGUGGCUACCGCCAGGGGCAUCGUGCGACGAGCUCUAUCGAAGAUCUGCUUGUUGAAAGCGGACGCUUCCAACGGGGGCGACGAUGUUAGCGCCGUACGCUAGGCAACACUGCUUCCGCCCCUCCCCCCCCGACCAGCGGAUGUUCGCGCCCCGCGCUACAACGUUCUCUCCACCGCGCCACGCCCGACCGCAACGACGCUCUCGAAAUACUACGCGAUUUUAACCUAACAACGACCUUGUAAUUGAUAUAUA